GUCUUGCUUGACUUUCACAUGGUACAUGGGCCAAAGCAUUCUAUUCUCUAGUUAUGCUCAUUAGGAGAGCCAUUUCACCCUCAAAAUGGAAGCCCCUGAUGAAACCUCCAUGUCGGCAUCCGUCUCUUCACACGUCAAAUGCCAAAAACCCACCUUCCUCCUCUUCUUUGCUCGACGACUUCACCCGGCACUGCUAUGAAAGAGACUUGCCCAGGGCCAUGAAAGCGCUGCACUUGAUGCAGAGGCACCAGCUCUGGGCCGACUCCAUCACCUACUCCGAGCUCAUCAAGUGCUGCUUAGCCCGUAACGCCGUUGGAGAGGCGAAACAGGUCCACGAGCACGUUUUCUCAAAUGGGUACGAGCCCAAGACCUUCUUGGUAAACGUCUUCAUGAACAUGUACGUGAGGUUUGGCAUGUUGAAGGUUGCGGAGAAACUGUUCGACCAAAUGCCUGAGAGAAAUGUCGUUUCUUGGACGACCAUGAUUUCGGCCUACGCCAGCGCUAAGCUCAGAGAUAAGGCGUUGGAGUAUCUAAUCUUGAUGCUGAGAGACGGGGUGAGACCAAACAUGUUCACUUAUUCUUCGGUCUUGAGAGCCUGCGAUGACCUGUGGAAGCUCAAGCAGCUUCACUGCAUCAUAAUGAAAGUUGGGUUGGAGUCGGAUGUGUUUGUACGCAGUGCCCUGAUUGACUCUUACUCCAAAGGGGGCGACCUGCAGGGUGCACUGGUCGUGUUCAAUGAGAUGGUCACGAAGGAUUUUGUCGUAUGGAAUUCAAUCAUUGGGGCAUUUGCCCAGAACAGUGAGGGCGAUGAGGCUCUGAAUCUCUACAAGAACAUGAAGCGAGCCGGUUUUUUCGCAGAUCAGUCAACACUAACAAGUGUUUUGAGAGCCUGCACUGCCCUAGCUCUGUUAGAAUUGGGGAGGCAAGUUCAUGUCCACGUAUUGAAGUAUGAUCGGGAUUUGAUACUAAAUAAUGCACUUCUCGAUAUGUACUGCAAGUGUGGGAGCUUAGAAGAUGCGACCUUGAUCUUUGGAAGAAUGGGGGAGAGGGAUGUAAUCUCUUGGAGCACCAUGAUCGCGGGAUUGGCCCAAAAUGGUCGUAGCAGAGAGGCAAUGGAUCUGUUUGAGCAGAUGAAGCUCUCAGGGAUGACACCAAACUAUAUAACAAUGGUGGGGGUUCUAUUUGCCUGCAGCCAUGCUGGUUUAGUGGAAGAAGGGUGGAACUAUUUUCAGUCGAUGAAGGAAGAUUUUGGGAUCAACCCUGGAAGGGAGCACUAUGGGUGCAUGAUUGAUCUCCUAGGGAGGGCAGGGAAGCUUGACGAGGCACUUAAUUUGGUCAAAGAGAUGGACUGUGAGCCUGACGCUGUGACUUGGAGGGCUUUACUCGGUGCCUCUAGAGUUCAUCGUAAUGUAGAGCUAGCCCAAUAUGCUGCUGAGCAGAUCCUGAAAUUGGAUCCCCAAGAUGCAGGAACUUACACUCUCUUGUCAAAUAUUUAUGCUAAUAAUCAAAGGUGGGAUGAUGUAAGAGAGAUUCGGAGGUCUAUGAAGGUGAAGGGAGUCACAAAAGAGCCUGGUUGCAGUUGGAUCGAGGUGGAUAAGAAGAUUCAUGCAUUCAUCUUAGGAGAUGAGUCACAUCCUCAGAUAGAUGAGAUCUAUAGGCAUUUGAAUGAGUUGGUGCUUAGAUUAGUGGCGAUGGGUUAUGUUCCUGACACAAACUUCGUAUUGCAAGAUCUUGAGGGGGAGCAAAGAGAAGAUUCGCUUCGGCAUCAUAGUGAGAAGCUUGCUGUUGUCUAUGGCAUCAUGAGCUUGCCAAGAGAAAAGCCAAUCAUGAUCAGGAAGAAUCUCAGAAUUUGUGGAGAUUGUCACAUUUUCGCAAAGCUUGUAGCGAAAAUGGAGGGUCGGAGGAUCAUAAUUAGGGAUCCAAUCCGUUAUCAUCAUUUUGAGAAUGGAGAGUGCUCCUGUGGUGAUUACUGGUGAGAACAAUAUAGAUUAUGGAUCAUCAGGGCUCUUUCUAUUUAGGGGUAAAUAUGCAUCACUACUACAAAAUUUUCCUACACCCACUGCCCUAUUUUACUUGGCAGAAUUUGAAUAUUUCUAGGAUGGAUUGAAAAUAUUUAUCUCCCAUGCUCUGAUGUCUGAUCGGAAGCAAAUGGUCACAGUUAUCCUCAGCUACUCAAGUAACUUUCACCAGUUUCUCUCCCCGUAUAAUUCUCAGAGUUAACCUGCCAUUGGUGGUGCGUCUUCCUCCCUAUACACAAGCUCUCCCCUCUCUUAGAGAGAACGUCAACUAUGCCCUUUGUCACACAACCCACAGAGCAGCAGACAGUGCCUCCCCUCCGCCGCUCUUUGCCACUUUUCAUUCUGCUUAGAAAGUCGAUGUUGGAGCUGAGCCGGAGAAUGUUCCCUCUAACAACUUGUUCAAUUUCGGCCUUCGAUUUGAAGGCUCAUGGGAUGGCUGUCUCCCUCCAUCUUUCGCUUCCUCAGCGUCCGUGUGCUCUCCUCUCCAUCAAAUAUAUGUCCCUCAGUUCACCAUGCCCACGAGGUUGAAGCAAAAUUUGGACGCUGAGGUUAUUCUGAUCCUGAUCGAUAUUGGCUUGGGUGAGGAUUUUGUGGAAUUUAUAGGGCAAGUAAGUGCGAGACAUUGAUUCUGAUCUCUUUUGUAGUGUUCACUAUUCAGCAGAGAAAAGUGAAGAAUCGGUGGCAGUGUUUAAUGCAAAGAUCUUGUGUUCUGAUGGGACUCAUAAGGGAACGAGGAGGAUACUUCCCAGGAUGUUUCAUUUUGGUGUUCUGCUGCGAAGAUGGAACUUUUAUGUGGUUGGGGAAAUGGCGUAUUAUAGCUCUGAAUGCUUCAAUAGUAAAGGCUAUAAGUUAGGUGAGAGGAAUUUGUCUUUAAAAAAUAGAGGAGACAAUACCUUUGGACAGAGGCAUUGUGGAAUUUGGAGACGUUUCGCAAAGUUUAGUUGGUCACAGGAAGUGAUGGAAAUGUUGGUUUAUAAUCAGUUUGGGCUCUUUUAUUCUGUGAUUUAAUGCUCUCUUUGCGUCUUGAUCUUCCUCGAUGAUCCAGUGUCACUGAGAUUUCACGGUCUGGCUCGCUUGACUGUUGAGUAGAUGUAGAACUGCAAUUAUCGUCUAGAAAGAGUGCACUAUUUGAUCGAUAGUUAAUUUCAACUCAUCUAGGUGUGGUAAGUCAAAGUUGGUAGAAAUAGAGUGAGAGCUCAAUUGAUUUUUCGUCAAUGCUCGGGCAUUUGGAGGUUGAUAUUUCUGUAUUGGCAGUUAUGGCACAUGAGCUCAAUCACACAAUAGACCUCUGUUACCCCUUCCCUCAAUUGAUUGCUGUAGGUUGAUGAUAACAGUGCCCGGGAGGAUAUGUAAGGAGUGAAGCUUGAGGUGCCAUAAUUGAGGUUUAGCAAACUGGAAAUGUGAAUUGGAAGAUGGGCUAUACUCAACCCGGUAAUGUGACGUCGCUGUUUCUAGUCGGCAAGAUUCCCAGAAUGCAAUACUAUGACAACAGCUAGAGUGCCUGUCGGCAGCACUCGGUUCUCCAGUAAUGCUGUCACCGUCCCAAUCACAUUCAAAUGAAUAAGAAUGUUAACUCACUGAUUGUUAUCAUCGUACAAAAUGAUAUCUUUCUGGGUUUUGUUGACUGUGCAUCUUGCAGCCAUCAUGGUGCCCAAGCCCGAAGUUGCAAUAUAUGUUCAUGAUCCAUUAAUACCUAUUGAGUUUAGACAGAUACGGCCCAUCUCUACGGGCCGUUUAGCAUAUUA